CUGUCAUUCAAAUUCUGUUAUUGCUUAUUGAUUUGUUGACGAUUUUGAUAUUUUGAAAAUUAUUUUGUAUUAAUAUCAAUUAAUUAACCUGCUAUUUACAAUACAUAAACAGAUUAAAGACUAGGACAAUCGAAAUAUGGAAUUCGUGGAUUAUUAAUUGAUUAUGUCGGCACGUAAAUAUAUUUUAUCCGCUCGGGAGAGAAAUAUUAAUAAAAUUAUUGAUUAUUUGCCUCAAAUAUCUCAACAAAGGGCUAGCUAUCGGUCAGUUCAAGAAUUACCUGCACUAUCUGCGAAUUCUAGUAAUAUCGUUAACAGAAAUCUUAUUUAUUCAUACAAGAUACCUCAUUAUGCAGAUGAUAGUUUAGAGAGAGCCAGUACACCGUUUUCUGAUUUUUUCUCAGAAAGUGAAACAGAUUUUCAUAGUGAAGAAAGUGACAGUAGCUCUGGUUCAGCCCUGAGAAGAAAUACAGCAGAGGCAACCAAGAGUUUGACUGAAGAGUGGGAGAGGAUUGAAAGGACUCUGUAUGAUGAGGAAGGAGAAAAGUGUUCUAGACCAAAUAUUCUUGAAGAAUGCCGGCAAUGGAGACAGCUGCAUCCACAACUCAGAAUCGUUGGUAAAGCUAUACCGCUACCGGAGAAAAAGUUCCAUCGUCAAACGGAACACGAGGAGGUCAUUGCAAUGCAUUACAGUGAUUAUGAACAGUUCAGUGAGAGCGAAGAGAGAUUAUCACAGAGUAGCACAGACGUUACCCCACAGAACUCGCCGCGCGUUUCUAUUACAGAUGAUUUAUACGAGCCAAAAUUAUCAAGAGAGAAAGUUUCUUUCAAAUUUGAGGAAAGUUCCGACCUCCCAGACACCUUCUGUUCAUUAUUACACAUAACACCGAUUCAAAUACGUAGCCCGUCGCAUAGAAAGCGACCGAAUCCCUCAAUACUCCGUUCUGAUCUGGCCUCAUCGAGAUGGAUGAGAAAUGCAAGGCCGGGCUCGUCGAUCCACUACGAAAGGAACAGUGCCAAGUCUUUUGUUUCUCUCGAUACAAGAAACUAUAACAGUAUUGUCACAGAUAACAGUAAAGUGUUGAACGCCAGAGUUUUGACAGCAAAGCAUAGAGAAUUAGCUAAAUUGGAACCUCUUUACACGCCCGACUAUCCACCAAAUGAGGGAUCUAAAAUUUGUAAUGGAAUACAAAAUCAUUUCAAUGUCAGAAAAGUUUCCCUUCCUCCGCUACUUUUGGAAGAAGAGAAGAAAAAAGUAUCUAUUAGUUCAGCGAAGAAGUUACGCUCGAGGAAAAUGUCAAAAGGUUAUUUAGAUAAAUUUAAGCUUGGCUAGAUAGAAAUUGUCAUGGGUUUGUUAACUAUUUAAAAAAAAAAUACAUAUCUGAUUUGAAGAACUAUGUAACUAGCUUGUUGUUAUAAAUGUCAGAGAUUGAGAAUUGACAAUUUUUUUUUAAAUUCUUUACCGUAAAAACCUAUAGCUUUUAACACAUACAGUAUUAUUAAAUAAAUUAUAUGUGAUGUUAAUUUAUUAGUACAUAUGUGCUUGUAACAUAGUAGAAAAUGAAAAUAUAUAAACUAUAUUAUUUUUUAAAUGUAUUUUUUAUCAUAACAUAAGCGUCCAUUUUUAACAUAAUUAACUAAUUAUGAAGCUAUUUUCAUGGGUGGAUGAAAAGUAAAUAAAAACAACUUUUUCAAAUACAAAUACAGAAUUUAUUUUGAUAUUUACAUUAUUUGCAUUUUAUUAACAAUCAACAUCAACAAUAUUAAAUAAUUUGUUUUUGUGUUGUGAUUACAUUUCGAACAGUCGGGGUAAUAUUACAUUUCCCGAGUUGUGCAGUCGUUUCGCUUUUUAGUGCACACAGCAACAUUUCCUGCUACAAAAUUAUAACAAGCCAAUAUUUACUCUAUUAUAAUAAACCGUAAGAGCUAUAUUUCCACAAAUUUUGGCAGUUUGUAUGGGAAGUGUUGCUAUCGUACAAGUGUCGAGGCUUAUGUAAUAUUACGUGAAAAAUGGCAACACACAAAAUUCGACUCGCUAAUCAGGUCUCUAUUUGCACUGUAACUAUAAAAUCGAAAUUAGUUCUUCUCGUUUCGAUUUUACAGUAUCAGCUAUUGGUCUAAAUGAUGAUACAAGUCUCCGCUUUAUAUAAAAUAUUGUAAAAAAAAUAAAAUUAAAA